CUAAAGUAAAUGAGCUUGAUUGCAUCUGAUGAAAGCAUCGCUAGUCUUUAUUUAUUUUAUUACUGAAAAGUUUUAAUACAAUUGUUUAAAAACAGAAUUUUGGUAAAUUUUACAAGAGCUCAAAUUCACUUUUUUCAAGAAUUAGCAAUUUUCAUUAAUAGCUUACACUAUUUUAAACAUUUUUAUGGAAACUUCUAAGCUACCCAGCUACAGCUAUGUAGAGCUGCUUAAGAGUUUUUCGGAACCAUCAAUUCCACUCUUGAAUGGAUAUGUGGCACACUGGAUAAAUUAUUGUAACGGCCCUAGUAGGCGAAAAAUUAUUAACCAAUUAAUUGCACACAAAAAUUUGGCAGUUGAAAAUGAUCCAGUUGGGUAUAGAAAAGUUGGAAAUGCAGUAGCAAGGUUGUUAUCUGAGAUCAAACAUGUUAGAAGGUUAGGAGUCAAAAGCUGGAAUAAAAUAGUUAAUAUAAUGCAAACGCCUUUUUAUGUUCAGCCCUUACCAGAUUAUUCAAAGUUAUUGAAGGAUGAAAUGUCUAGUGAAAUGACAGGGGGUAUUCCAAGUAUGGAGGACGGUCAGUUAACAUUUUUGGAUGAACACAGUUAUUUUAUUUCUGGUGGUGAUGUGUAUACAGAAGUGCCCAAUUCUACAGAAGUGGAAAAUAAAAUUAGUGCUGAGGUAAAACAUGAGCCGGUAAUGGAAAAGAGUGGUUUUUUUAAAGAUAAAAGAGAUAUUGUAGAGAAAAUGAAACAAAGUGAGAUGGUAGCUGGUUAUAGAUUAAGGGGUAAUAAGUGUUCAAGAUGUGUUAUUAGAAAUCAGUCAAUACGCAUGUAUAAGGAGAGGAUUAAAAAACUUAGAGAGGAAACAACAGCAGGCAGAGUUUUAAAAUUUCAAUAUUUGAAAGGACAAUUGAGAAGGAAAAGUCAGCAGAUACAGAAUUGGAAAGCAAAGUAUGUACUCGAAAGAAAUAAGAAUCAACGAUCAAAACAACAUACUGGCAAUGAUGAUGGAAAAGUUAAAGGCAUGGAUGAAAAAACUAAGGAGUUAAUGAUUUUAAGAAUUCAAAAUACUAAAUUACAGAAAAAAUUUCAAGUUGUAUCUGACCAUCAUUUACAAGUCAUAAAGGAAUUAAGGACCCAGGUUGAAUCUGCCAAGAAUGAGACAAGUAAGUUACAGACAUUACUACAAACAGAAAGCAGCAAGCAUGCAGCACAGUUUGAAGAGCUCAUGACAGAACAGAAGAAGCUUAUAGCUAAGAACCUUAUUUAUGAGGCAGAGAUUAGCAAGUUGGUGGAGGACAAUCACAAGCUCUUAGAUUCUAAAAAUACAGUUGAAAAUGUGGAGCCAACAUGAAUAUGCAGUCAUGUAAUAUGUUUUUGUUUAAACUAUCUAGAAAGAGUUUCUUUGUGUGUAUUUUAAGAUAAUUUAUAAAAUUGAAGUACACAGGUAUACAUUUAAAGAAUGUGUAUGUACUAGUUUGUUAACCACAACAAAGUGAAAAGGAACCUAUAGAUAGGCCUCAUGAGUGAUGCCUGUAAUUUACACAUUUUGGUGGGACAUUUAAAUAAUGCAAGGAUGUUAUACAAUAAAAUUGUUUAUUUUUUAAUUUAGCCUUACUUGUCAUAAAUGUAUGCACACAAAUCUGAUUUCUCUUUGCCAAAUUGUAUGUGAGUGAGAGGCUAUAUUUUUACAUGUGUUUUAUGUUUUAGUGCUGAUGUUUUUAGUAAUAUGGACCAAAUAUAUAUAUAUAUUUUGGUGGGAUGAUCAUGUUCUUAAAUUAGAUAUAAAGUUUAUUAAUAUGCAUUAAAAAGGUGAGACAGUCAGUUUGCACUAUAAUUAUAAAGAUAUACACUAAAAAUAUGUGAAUUGUUUUGGAUUAAUUUGGAGAUGAUGUUCUAAUUAUUGUAUAUUCAUUACAAUGAGUCAAUACAGUAUAACAUAUCAAUAAAGAAC